AUCGCAAUUGGUUAAUUUAGGAAUUUCGAUAAGCAGGAAAUUGUACUAGGGAAAAUACUUCCCUCGGGGAAUAGGUUUCCGUAGCUUUGUUCCGCACAUAAUUGUAAAAAUAUAAAUUUCACAACACCAUACUCUUAUACACACGUGAACCAUACAUAGUAAAAGAUAAAUAUAGGAGUAGUAUUUCAAACAUAUUUAACCGGAAACGUUUUGCGCGGCUGCCAAAAAUGAGCCGUAAUUGUAUCAGGAUCUAUGAACUGUACUACUGCAGUAGUACUACUACUUCCUCUACUACGCAGUAUUUCCAUUUACUGCGCUGUCUCUGUCCACAGUGAGUGUGGUUACUGUUUAUCCCCGAAGUCGAGCUGAACGGCCAGAUUUUCUUUUAUUUUUUGAUCCAUGCCCCCCAAGAGAGACGCAGGAGCGACUCCGACACAACCACCAGUAAAGAUGAUAAAAAUUGGCACUGAUGCACAGGAGUUUGGCUGUAAUCCAGUGGAUGAGAAGUAUAGGUUGCCCGAGGAGUCCAGCUACUCACCUUUUCCCAGCAAUGAGCAUGACACCAUUGAAUUUGACGAAGAAAAUGUUUCAAGUCCAGGUAUCAGAACAGACACCAUCAGUCUCCUCAUGAAGAUAGAGCAACUGCAGGCACAACUCAAAUACGAACGCAGAUGUAGGAUUUUGGCAGAGAGAGAGUUGAGAGAACUGAAAGAGAUGAACACGCUCAUGAUGCAGAUGAGGCACACAGCACAUGAGCUACGAGUCACUCUGGAUCACGUUCUGCAAGGUGGCGAGGCAGCAGUCGCACCACAGACCUCUCAGGAUGAAACUGUCUCUUUCCUGAAUGAGGCUGAGGCAGAGAUGGGAGCUGUUCAUAAUAUAGCAGAGGAUAAUCACAACUUCUUAUAUCUGGCUGAGAAUCUUCGAGUACCGAAAAAUCUUUAUGAGCGCAUCGCAGAGAUUGCAGACUACAAGAAAUACACGUCAGCACUGCUGAUGAUCCUUUUUGACAGAGAAACAUUGGCCACACACUCUCUGCAGGGUCGGAGGAACACAUUUACUGGAGAAGAUUGUCCAAAGCCUCAACUCCCUCCUGAUAUCCUGAGAGGUAUAAUCGAUCAUGUGGCAGUCAAGUUCGGUGUAGAUCGCAGCCAAAUCAAAACCGCAAUCCGCACAAAGCUGAACAAUGAGGACAAACUAUUGAAAAAGAGACUGGGUCUGGGGAAAGUUGAAAACAAAGCUGUCAACGAUCAAAGCUUUUGCCAAGAUGCUUCUCUCCUGCCUGAAAAUGGAGCAAUGAGAAAUGAUUCUCAGUUGUAGCCUUUUGAGUCUGCCUUCAUCUGUUGGUCACCAGUUUUCCAUAUCUGAUAUAAAUGUGUGACAGGUUCCGUUUUUAAUCAGCAUCUAGUUUGUUCCAUAUUGAAAUCUAGUGCUUGAUAUUAGUUAUUUUUUAACACUUCUUAGAAAUCUUACUUGUUUUUUUUUUACUGUGACAGCUGUUGUCUAUAAUGUAUUGAACCAAUGAAGACAUUGGUCGGCACUAUAAAAUGUCACAUGUGUAAUUGUCAGUGGUAAAAACAACCAAGUGUUCUUAUUUAAUUUCAGAUAGCAAGCGGCUGUGUCAGAUCUGUGAAGUCGGCCUUUCUCAAACAGUGAAACUGUUUAAACUUUGUAACAGGGACGUCAUUUGUUCCCUGUUGUUCAUGACAGAAUGUGCAUUACACCAAUUGAUACUGUGCUAAUGGUAAUAGAAUAGUGUUAUUUGUAAAACUUUUUACAAAAGUUGUAAAAUAUGCUGUGAGUGAUAAUCUUCCUGCUUCCACAACAUCUCUUUCAUCACCUCUCUGUUGAGAUUAGCCACGUUAAUGACCAAUAAACUUUUCAAACUGA